CCCCAAUUGCCCCGAGCUCCAGUCUUGUACCGACACUAAAUUUAUAGCAAGUCGCAAUUGAACGUGGCAAUCCGUUCCUUGGCUGGAGAAAAAAAAAAGUAGAGGCGGCCAUAAAAAAAGAGAGGAAAAAAAAAAAGAAUAUCCCGAUUGCCGACUCCCCCCGACUUCGCCUGCACGCCGCCAAGAGCACCACCGAAAUUCCAGCUUCUAACACCUGGCAAACUUCCUGGCAACUUUCAACUUACAACUUGCUACUUACUACGCUCUUCUUUAUCUUCCCCUAUCAUAAACUUCCGUUACUUCCCUUUUUCCCUUUCCUUUUUUUUCUUCUUAUAAUUAUAUUACUCACUCAUUUCUUCUAGUGACCUGACCUGUCGCCUUUCUCUAAACCGCCUUGGUCCGGCUCAAUUGAUUCGUUUGAGCUGUUAAAAUGGGUGUUAUCAACGAUGAGAUGAAGCGGCUGCAAGACGUCGUGUCCAGCCUAGAGGACCGCGUACGACGUCUAGAGCAGCGCCAAUCUGGCGAGAGCGGCGAAAGCGUGCGCAUGAUCCUCAUGGGUCCUCCUGGAGCUGGAAAGGGAACUCAAGCGCCUAGGAUUAAGGAGAAGUUCUCGUGCUGCCAUUUAGCCACUGGUGACAUGCUCCGAUCUCAAGUCGCCAAGAAAACGCCUCUCGGAAAGGAAGCGAAGAAGAUUAUGGAUGCCGGUGGUUUGGUCAGCGACGACAUCGUCAUUGGCAUGAUCAGGGAAGAACUCGAGAACAACUCGGAGUGCAAGGGAGGCUUUAUCCUUGACGGUUUCCCCCGCACUGUCGCUCAAGCCGAAUCUCUUGACAAGAUGCUUGCCGAGAAGAACCAGAAGCUACAGCACGCCGUUGAAUUACAAAUCGACGACGCUCUUCUGGUCGCGCGUAUUACCGGCCGUCUAGUCCACCCCGCUUCCGGUCGAAGUUACCACAGCACCUUCAACCCCCCUAAGGUGCCUAUGACGGACGAUAUCACCGGCGAGCCUCUGAUCCAACGAUCUGACGAUAACGCUGAUGCGCUUAAGAAGCGCCUGGUUACCUACCACGAUCAGACCGCUCCCGUUGUCGGAUACUACAAGAAGACUGGUAUCUGGAAGGGCGUUGACGCCAGCCAAGAACCUGGUCAGGUCUGGUCUAGCUUAUUGAAGAUUUUCGACGAGAAGAAGAGCUCCAAGAGCAGCGGUGGUAUCUUGAGCAAGCUUACUGGCCAAUAAACCAGCAGCUUACUCUUGUCUUUACCUUCCUCUCUUACCCUGGCUUCCUGAUAUUUGGACCUGGGAGGUGAGAGACAUGGGGUAAUGGAUAUAAGAGCUUCCAACGUGAGGCGUCAGGCGAUCAUUCAGGAAGGCGUCAUUAUUGAGCUAUAACGCAGUAGAAAGGGGUAUAUGGAGCUUAGGACGCCUAAGGUGUAAUGACGGGAUGAAAAGGGGUUCCUAUGGAACUAACGCGCGACCUGUAUCAUACGACUUGCAUGUACCAUGUCAUCAUCAUGAAUCGAACCAUCCAAAAGACACCUUGAUCCCGUGUCUUUUUUUUCGAUGUAAGCACUGAACUUCGGCUCAACCCGUAGAUAAUAAAUACGGCGUUUUUCCAACGUAAUAUUUCUACCUCGGUUAGGUACCUAAGUUAUUAUAUGUUGAAUAAUAACUCUUUUCCCGCCGGGGUGAUCAUUUAUCCUGCUCUAGGAAAGAUCUCGAAGGGCUUAGGCUAUCGAGCUUUAGCUUAAUAGGGGUAAACUGGAUGACUAAGAGGUAGCUGGUUCGAUGUAGCAGUGAAGAACAGUUUAUAGCUCUAAGCAUAACUAUAAAAGUCUAACUUAGACUAUAAAGACCAGACUCAAAUACAUGAUCUUAGCUUA